AUGAAAGAGAUAGACAUACCCAGUGAUGUGCUGAGUAGGAGCAAGAGACAAGUACUGCUGUUUCCAAACAGCACGCUGCUUCAGUUCAACGCUGGUGUCGGCGUGCCAAGCGGUGCCAAGAACAUCAAUGUGAACUGGGCAUUUCAGGCCAACUUCCAACUACCUUGGAAUAUAAGCCAGAUACCUGUGGACAUAUUACAUGCCAACACCGGCUAUGUUGGUACUGCGAGGAAAAAGAGAAGCUUAUCAGAUACGAGCGAUAAGAACGGUGACUACCACGAUGACGCGAAGCUUUAUCACUUUUAUAUUCACGUCGAAGAGAUUUUAGAUGGGUUUGGUCACAACGGCCGAGCGUGCGUGCUUCAAACGCUGUGUCAACUGGGGGCCGAACCUUUGCACUCCGAUGAUCAAGAGGAUGUUCUCCACGAACUGGCCACAUUCGUUCUAAACCCUAAAAACGAUGACAUCGAAAACUUGACGGAAAAUGACACAGCUUACCAAUACAUCAAGGCAUACACCGAUGGAGAGAAACAACAAGACUGCAUCAGAUUAUACGAGGGCUGUUCAGUAUCCUUCAUAGAUUCAUUCACGAGACGUCAUCACAACCACGUGUAA